UACCACAGUAUGGAUGAGUUCAGCCAUUAUGACUUGCUGGAUGCUACCACUGGGAAGAAGGUGGCUGAAGGCCACAAAGCUAGCUUCUGUCUGGAAGACACCACGUGUGACUUCGGGAACCUCAAGCGCUAUGCCUGCACAUCACAUACCCAGGGUCUGAGUCCAGGUUGUUACGACACUUACAAUGCUGACAUAGAUUGCCAGUGGAUUGAUAUCACAGACGUUCAACCUGGGAAUUAUAUCCUAAAGGUUCAGGUAAAUCCCAAAUACAUCGUGAUGGAAUCGGACUUCACCAACAACGUGGUAAGAUGCAACGUUCACUACACCGGGCGCUUUGUGGCCACCACAAACUGCAAAAUCUCCCA